AUGCGUGAAAUCGUGCACAUCCAGAUCGGCCAGUGCGGGAACCAGAUCGGGUCCAAGUUCUGGGAGGUGAUUGGCGAGGAGCACGGCAUUGACCCCACAGGAAGUUACCACGGGGACUCGGCCCUCCAGCUGGAGAGGAUCAAUGUGUACUACAACGAGGCCCACGGCAAGAAGUAUGUGCCCCGAGCGAUCUUGGUGGACCUGGAGCCUGGGACGAUGGACAGCAUCCGCUCUAGCAAACACGGAGCCCUCUUCCAGCCUGACAACUUUAUUCAUGGGAACUCGGGCGCGGGCAACAACUGGGCCAAGGGCCACUACACGGAGGGCGCGGAGCUGAUCGAGCGCGUGCUGGAGGCGGUGCGCGCCGAGAGCGAGGCCUGCGACUGCCUGCAGGGCUUCCAGGUGGUGCACUCGCUGGGCGGCGGCACGGGCUCGGGCAUGGGCACGCUGCUGCUCAACAAGGUGCGCGAGGAGUUCCCCGAGCGCAUCCUCAACGCCUUCAGCGUGCUGCCGUCGCCGCGCGUCUCGGACGCCGUGGUGGAGCCGUACAACGCGGUGCUGGCGGCGCACCAGCUGCUGCAGACGGCCGACGCGUGCUUCUGCAUCGACAACGAGGCGCUCUACGACAUCUGCCUGCGCACGCUGCGCCUGGCCGCGCCCACCUACGGGGACCUCAACCACCUGGUGUCGCUCACCAUGAGCGGCAUCACCACGUCGCUGCGCUUCCCGGGCCAGCUCAACGCCGACCUGCGCAAGCUGGCCGUCAACAUGGUGCCCUUCCCGCGCCUGCACUUCUUCCUGCCCGGCUUCGCCCCGCUCACGGCGCGCGCCAGCCAGCAGUACCGCGCGCUCUCGGUGGCCGAGCUCACGCAGCAGAUGUUCGACGCGCGCAACACCAUGGCGGCCUGCGACCCCCGGCGCGGCCGCUACCUGACGGUGGCCUGCAUCUUCCGGGGCCGGAUGUCCACGCGGGAGGUGGACGAGCAGCUGCUGGCCGUGCAGACCCGGCACAGCAGCUGCUUCGUGGACUGGAUCCCCAACAACGUCAAGGUGGCCGUGUGCGACAUCCCGCCGCGGGGGCUCAGCAUGGCGGCCACCUUCAUCGGCAACAACACGGCCAUCCAGGAGCUGUUCACGCGCCUGGCCGAGCAGUUCUCGGCCAUGUUCCGGAGGAGGGCCUUCGUGCACUGGUACACCAGCGAGGGCAUGGACAUCGCUGAGUUUGGAGAGGCCGAGAGCAACAUCCAGGACCUGGUGUCCGAGUACCAGCAGUUCCAGGACGCCACGACGGGCCCGGGGGAGGACGAGGGCCCGGAGGAAGGCUCGACAGAGGAGGAGCUGCCUUAG